AUGGCCGGCGAAGAAGCCACGGGACGAGGACUCCGAGACAUUACGUUUCAUCUCAUCUCGCUGCUUGUCAUCGCGACCCUCGGCCCCCUACAAUUCGGGUUCCAUCUCGCCGAGCUCAACGCGCCCCAGGAUGUCAUCACCUGCAAGAAGAACUCCAUCGCCUCUCUCGUGAGGCUAGCCGCCCGUGCUCUCGAUGAGGACAAUGGCGGCAGAAGCUGGGUGCCCGCGUGCAUCCCCAUGAACGAGGCCGCCUUCGCCUUUGUGUCCUCGGCCUUCACCGUCGGCGGACUCCUCGGUGCGCUCAGUGCCGGCGACGUCUCCUCUAAACGCGGCCGGCUGCCCGCCAUGCGGCUGACCGCGCUGCUCUUCGCGCUGGGCUCCCUCGUCGAGACUGUCGCCGGCAGCGUCGCCGUCUUCUCGCUCGGUCGCUUCCUCGCCGGCAUCGGCGCCGGCGCCGCCACCGUCGUCGUCCCGCUGUACAUUAGCGAGGUCGCGCCGCCCGACCGCCGCGGCCUAUUCGGCGUCAUGACGCAGGUGUCCAUCAACGUCGGCAUCCUGGCCGCGCAGGUCCUGGGGUACUUUUUCAGCCACGGCGGCGCGUGGAGGGUCAUCUUGGGCGCCGCGGCGUGCCUCAGCGUGGCGCAGGCGCUAGGGCUGCUGCUGGCGGUCCCGGAGAGCCCGGCGUGGGUCGCGGCGCAUCGCGGCGAUGCGGCGGGCGCGAGGAGGAUCCUGCAGAAGAUUCGCGGCCGCAAGGUCGACAUCGAGAGCGAGACGAGCGCGUGGGGAGGUGCUGGCGUUGCAGGAGAGGCGCAGGGCCUGCUGUCGCAGUCGGAAGAAGGCAUGGUCUCCGGCGCCGCUACUGCACCGAAUCAUCUGGGCUUCUUGCAGGUCGUCAAGGAUCCUUUGUAUCGACCAGCCAUUGUCGCCGUGGUUGGAGCUUCGUUUGCGCAGCAAUUUUGCGGAAUCAACAGCAUCAUUAUGUAUUCCGUCUCCCUCCUACAGGAUCUUCUACCCAUCUCGUCGGUUCUUCUUACGAUCCUGGUGUCGGUCGUGAACCUGGCAAUGACCAUCGCCUGCUCGCCGUUGCCUGACCGCAUUGGCCGCAAGACUUGCCUCAUGAUCUCCGUCAUUGGCCAAGGAUGCAGCUCGCUCGCUCUGGCAUUGUCGAUUGUCUCUGGCCUCCAGAUCCUGUCCGCGUUUGCCGUCGUCUUCUUUGUCGCCUUCUUUGCUGUUGGCCUCGGCCCGGUGCCUUUUAUCCUCGCUUCGGAGCUGGUGGGCCAGGAAGCAGUUGGCGCCGCACAGAGCUGGGCUCUCGCUGGAGCCUACGUCUCGACUUUUAUGGUUGCUCAGUUCUUCCCCAUUCUCAACACUGCUCUAAACAAGGCCUUUGGCGGCCAUGGUGGCUGGGUCUACUUUGUUUUCGCUGCGGUGGCCGCCGGUGCCGCCCUCUUUAUCGCUUGGAGGAUCCCUGAAAGUCAAGGCAAGAAGGAUGCAGAUGAAGUCUGGGGCCGUACUCGUCGUCUUGAUUAA